CUGCAUUUAUUUUUACUUUGGGUUUUCAUACUUUUACUGAUUUGUUUAUGGGAUCCUUUUUUUUUUAAGCCAUCUCAAGUGUCUCAUAAUUUGCCCAAGAAAGAGCAGCAGUUCAGAGAUACUCACAUGCAUGCAAUCAAUAUACCGGUACCUUAACAGGUAUGGGGAUGUGACUAUGUGGUGGGAAAAGAGGAGGAAUUUCGAUGCAAGUCACUCCUGAGCAGACAUAUGUUAGCAAAUAACCGAUCACACAUUCUUUUCCCUGGGUGGGCCACAAUCCUACCGUAUGUGCACGCUUUGCCAAGGAAUGAGUCCCGUUGAGCUUAGUUGGACUUACUUCUGAAUGGGCAUGUUAAUAGGAUCACGUGCUGGGAAUCAUACCUUAACCAAAAUAUUAUUUCCCCGAUGUUUGGGUGGCUUGUGAUAUUUCCCUUUAACAAAGAUUGUUGGCAGAGAUUCCCCAGAAACUGCGCCCAUCGUGCAUGGGUAUACCCGGGGGUCAUUCCGGUAAAUAAAUAAAAAUACUUAAUUAAAAGUCGAAAUUGUAGAAAGAUUUUGACAGGUGUUUCUGAGUAUUGGGGGCAAAAGAAAGUAAUUAUAAACUCUUGUUGAGACAUUUCAUUCUGAAUCUGCUAGCCAGAGCCAGGCAGAGGAUGACAUGUGGGUGUCCUGCCCCCCACCAACAUAAAUCCUGGCUAUGCCCUGGACGUCGUGGUUCACCCUUGAGUUUAGAGGAUACGCCCCCCCCCUUGAUAUUAAAACUGGAGCGGUUAGUUCAGUGGGAGUAGCAGAGACCCUCGCUUUUACGCAGCUCGCUGUUUUCUUUUGCACCUAACCUGGCUGCGCGCCCGGGAAAAGAUCAAAGCGGAGCGUAAAGAUAUAGUAAAGAGGCUUGGCAGGGUUUUUACCCCGCAAAUCACGCUUGCUUGGCUCGAGGACGUGUGUGUUGUUUUCCUCUUCUCCUUUUCCCCUCCCACUUCUCUCUGGGUUUCCCGACGGCGCACAGCGCUGCGCUCAGCAGACGGCUGGGCUGCUUCGCCUCCUGGCGCGCUCAGGGUGGGCGCACGUGUUUGGGGCUGCCUGGGAUUGGCCGCGACGGGGAUCCGGCGGGCGCUGCCACCUGGCGGGCUUCCUCCAGAGAGCUGAUCCCGUAUCCGGAGGCUUUCUCUCUCUUUCUCUCUCUCCUGCCCUUUUAGAUCCAAGGCGACGACGUGCGCACCAGUCUCCUCGGGCAGCGGUCAUGGGUAGGCGCAGCGCCUGGGAGCUGUGGAUCCUGGCGCUCUUCUUGCUCCGCUACGGCGCAGCGCUGGAGCCCAGCAGCGCCUCUCCGGCGCGCCUUGAAGGGGAAGCCAGGCGCAGCAACCCCUCCGCUGCCGCUGGGAAGAGCAGCGUGGCCCCGAUCGCCGCCGGAGAGCAGCUGGAGGAAGAGGACACCGGCAGCUCCAACCUCUCCAAGACGGUGACGCCCGGGAAGGGUGGCCGAGCGUCGUACCCGCCGUGCGCUAGGAAGACGGACAUCGCCGAGGCGUUCAAGUAUGUCAACUCGGUGGUGGCUUGCGCCGUCUUCGUGCUGGGCAUCAUCGGCAACUCCACGCUGCUGCGGAUCAUCUACAAGAACAAAUGCAUGAGGAACGGCCCCAACAUCCUCAUCGCCAGCCUGGCGCUGGGAGACCUGCUGCUCAUCAUCAUCGACAUCCCCAUCAAUUUGUACAAGCUCCAUGCGGAAAACUGGCCUUUUGGGGCUGCCGUGUGUAAACUGGUCCCCUUCAUUCAAAAGACAUCGUUGGGCAUCACCGUGUUAAGUUUAUGUGCUCUCAGUAUUGAUAGGUAUCGGGCAGUCGCUUCGUGGAGCCGUAUCAAGGGAAUUGGAGUCCCAAUGUGGACGGCGGUCGAAAUCGUCCUGAUCUGGGCCGUGUCUCUUCUUUUAGCUGUCCCCGAGGCUAUAGGCUUUGAUUUGAUUACCCUCCCAUACAACGGGCAGAAACUUAAAGUGUGUCUACUUAAUCCCCGCCAGGAAACUUCUUUCAUGCAGCUUUACAAGGACGCUAAAGAUUGGUGGCUCUUCAGCUUUUAUUUCUGUUUGCCGUUGGCAACGACAGGCCUUUUCUACACUUUGAUGACCUGCGAGAUGCUCAGGAAGAAGAGUGGGAUGCAGAUCGCUUUAAACGACCACUUAAAACAGAGACGUGAAGUGGCCAGAACCGUGUUCUUCUUAGUGCUUGUCUUUGCUGUGUGUUGGCUUCCUCUCCACCUUGGUAGGAUAUUGAAGUUUGCGCUUUACGAUGGGAGUGACCCAAAUAGAUGCGAACUUCUAAGCUUUUUGCUCAUAUGGAACUACAUUGCUAUAAACAUGGCAUCCCUGAAUUCCUGCAUUAAUCCAAUUGCUCUCUAUUGGGUGAGCAAAAGAUUCAAAAACUGCUUUAAGUCAUGUCUGUGUUGCUGGUGCCAUUCGAAAGAUAUGCUGUCCCUGGAAGAGAAGCAGUCCUGCUUAAAGUUCAGAGCCAAUGAUCAUGGGUAUGACAAUUUCCGCUCCAGCAACAAGUACAGCUCGUCUUAAGAAAGGGAAAUGUACCCUCACCUCCUGCGACAAAAGACUGCCAACGAUAAAAAAACCAGCAGAUUUCUGGGGAGAAACGGAUUUGAGUUUGCUCGGAAAAUCAAAUUGUAAAACUUUGCUUACAAUCUGUACCAGUUGUGAUUACGCACGGUGCCCGUAGCUCUUUGAACACAUGAAAAUCACCAGGAGAUGGGGAAAAAAGGAAACCCUUUGUUGAAAGCACUUAAACUCUUCGGAAUGAGCACUUCCAGAUCAUCCUCAAAUCCUGUGAACGAAACAACUCUGUAUUCAUUGAACUAGCCCUGGGAGCCUGAGUAAUAAUUCUUUGUAUAUAGUAUACCAUGGCUAUUGUUUGGGACAAAGCCAGCUUUGUCUAUAAAUUACUGUAAUCUUUCUUUCUUUCUUUCUUUCUUUCUUUCUUUCUUUCUUUCUUUCUUUCUUUCUUUCUUUCUUAGUGGGAGAGAUUAAAAGAUACAGGCAUUCUCCGAAACAUAAUCCCUUAUCAAAUGUGCAAAUUGCAUCAUUAAGCAUGUCGCAUCGCGUCAUGGAGUAAAAACCAAACCAAACACCACCGCAGCUUUAAAAAUAUAUCAAUAUUUUACCCACAUAGCUAGAAACAAAAUUAAAAGAGCAUAAUCAGGCUCAAAACAAUCUGCUGUUAAGUAAGAAAAAGGCAAACAUGUCCAUGUGGGGAGGAGCAGCAGCAGGGGAAAGCAAAGCAACUUAGUUUUUUUAAACGCCCGCAGAGUCCUGAAGCCAUGAGCAUGUCAGCAGGAACUCAGCUGCAUUCCACUGGUGGAAAUGGCAAGUAAAACCAAUUUCUCAUCAGAGGAUCCGAUCAGGCCUGCACAGCCUCAUGAUCUACAAAGCUGCAUUCAUCCCACCAGGCAGGCAGCAAACCCAAGAAGGCUAUCAGGCUCCUGGUGAGUCAGUUUACAUAAACAGGGGUCUGUGUUUGGCCUAGUGAGCUACAAGUUGUAGAGUGAUUGAGGUAAGGACGAUAGAGGAAUUUGCAAGAGCAGAGUGGAAUGCGUCUUUGGAGACUAAUCUUCUUUCCAUGGGGAAAAUGUAUAUUCAACAGCUCUGCCUGAGAACAAACAGUAGGAGUGGCUAACUUCUGGUCAGCAUCUGGUACCCCAUUUUCUGAACCCCAAGCGCUUCAGGGAUCAGGGUGUCACUCUAUGGGCCCAUAUUGGAGAUGCCAUUUCCUACCUCUGCCGUAACAACCCCUGUCUGAUGCUGGGUUAACCAGCCAUCACUGGCUACUGCUCUGAAGUUCUUAAAAAGACACUACCAUAUUUCUCCCUCACCAAGUACAGUCGUACCUUGGAUGUCAAAAGCCUUGCAACUCAAACGUUUUGACUCCCAAACACCACAAACCCAGAAGUGAGUGUUCAGGUUUGCGGGCGUUCUUUAGAAGCUGAAUGUCCAACGCGGCUUAUGCGGCUUCCGAUUGAGUGCAGGAAGCUUCUGCAGCCAAUCGGAAGCCACGCCUUGGUUGUUGAAUGUUUUCGGAAGUCGAACGGAUUCCGUUCGAAAACCAAGGUACAACUGUAUCAGUGUUCUCAAACUUGGGUCUCCAGCUGCUGUUGGACUGCAGCUCCCAUCACUCCUAGCUAGCAGGAACAAUGGUCAUGGAUGAUGGGCAUUGUAGUCCAACAAACAGCUGGAGACCCAAGUUUGAGAAAUACCAGUAUAUGAACGAAUGGCCCCAAGCAUGCGGACGUUAAGUAUGUUCUGUGUUCUGCAAUUGCACAUGGAAAAGGUACAGAAUGUGGUAGUGGCCACAGAAUUCAUUGACUUGGGAAUGUCAACUUUCUUCUGAAGAUUUGGAGGGUUGGCAUGGGGCUUCAGUGCCCUGCUUACCACUUUGCUCCCUCGGCCAGGACUGGCCAGCCUAAAUGGUGCAAAGUAGUAAACAUUACAGAAUAAAUUAAACAAAAUAAGACUAUGCAAAUUAGUAAAUCUGUUUUUAGAGCAUAGUACCUUUACUCCCAGCCCUGAGUAUACCAUCUGUGUUUUAGGUGUUUGUCAUCUCUGUUAGAGACAAGAGUAUAGCUUAACUUGCAUAUGAUUUCCUGCAUUUGAGAAGUCACUCUUACUAUUUCCAUGGAGAAAGAAACUACCCACAUAUUCAUAGAGGUCUAGCGCCUAUAGGUGUCGAAAAAGGUGGAUCCCAGUCUUCACCUAUGUUUAUCUAAGGAGCACUCAGCUAGCAUUUUAUAAAUCUCAGACAUAACCAAACCUAGAGUAGUAAAUAAUAAAACAUGGGCAGGUCCCAUUAAUGCCUGUACAAAAGUGGCGUGUGCGAGAGGAAAUGUGUUUGUAAUAAACAUGUUGUGCAUUGCCAGGAGCAGAUCACAUUUUUUGUGCAUUGAAAGAGAAUACUGCUAGUUAAAAUAGGUUUAAAGCUUACUACCAGUAAUAGACAUUAAUAAAAUUGUUCUGGGUUAUAUAUAAUCUGAGCUAGAAAAGCAGGCACUGCCAAUAUGAUGCCUGCGAGUACCCUUCAUGGUGCCUGCAAAGGAUCUCAGUAAAUAUCCCCUCAAAAACCCACAUCCUCAAUGCCGCUCUUGCUUCCACUGACUUAGCCUGCCCUACACCAGCCCCCAUAAACACAUGAUUGAACACCCACCCAUUCCAAACAGAGGAGAGGGGCAAUGAGCUUCUUUCUAUGAGCAAGUACAGGCAUUGACUGGGGGGCCUGUCUACACCUUUUCCGCAUUUCUGUCUCUUCUGCUUCUCUAGAUGUGGCAACCAUUUUUUUUGUUAUGCCCUUCACCCCAUGGCAGCUAUUUUGUGACUGCUGCCCACCCAUGGCACUUUUUCCAAAUUCCAAACAUGACCACAGGCCCGUAAAGGUUGGCAACUUCAAGGCUAGUCAGAUCCUUGGCCCUGUGGCGAGAUCCACUGUUGUUAAAGCAUCCCUGGCUGGCCCUACUAGGAGGUAGAGAGAUUUGAGGCAACGUUAAAAAGGCUGGCAAAUUCCUAGAAUAUGUAAUCUGUUUUUUACCACAGGUGAGUUCAGAACGUGGGGUGUUGUUUCUCAGGCACUGAAUGCGCCCCUUCCUGUUGGGGAACAUCAUCUAGGCAGCAGUUCCUAAACUGUUGAAAUAAAAGUAGUAGAGAAUAAGCCUCAUUGAUGGUGGUAGGCAGUAAAUAUGCAUAUGAAUGGACUACUAAAGGACAUUCCACCAGGAAGUUUCUCUGCACAAGCACCUACUAAAAUGAAUGAAAGCUCCAAAAAGAAUUGUUGCCAAUGUGUUUUGUCCUCAUGGUGCGUCACCACAGAUGGGGACUUUAUAAAACUGCCCUCAUCACUUUGAACUCAUGACAAACUAUAUUGGAACGUUAAAUAGAACUAUAAUGAAAUAAUAGUUUCAUCUUCUGAGGCUGUGUACAUUUAAAGUUCAUGACUUCCACCAAAAAUCCCAAGAACUGGUUUACCCCUCACAGAGCUAUAACUCCCAGCACCCUUAACAAACACUACAGUUCCCAUGAUUCUUUGGCAAUUAGGAUGAAAGCAGAUCCGUAAGAAAUCAAAGGCCUUGUGUCCUAGGUCUUAAGAGAUGGAAUAAUUCAACCAUAGUGAAUACGCUGUACACACUUCUAUUUCUGGUGAAAAAUACCAUAGAAAAAGUAAAAUGCAUGGGUGAAUGUCCUAGAUAUGAAAUGUAUUCAUGUGCUUUAGUACUAGCCAUAAACUCUGUGUGCAUGUGUGUGCAUGCACACACAAACACACACUCACUGCUUUCACCUUAAUCUUGCCAUGCUCUUUAGCAGUUAGUUUGAGAGAAGCGAAAGUAUUAAUGUUGGCAUGGUCAAUCCAACAUUGGUUCUGAUCGACUGUUUACCACUGACAGUCGACUAGCACUUUUAACCUCUGACAUCAAUGGGAAACCGAAUAAAUUGUCUAUUUGAAUCUGCUCAGUAUUAUUGCUACUGUUUCUAGUGUAUUUCAGUACUGUACGUAUAUGAUAUUUGUAAUUCUAUUUAAAAUGUAGUCUUCAUUGUAUGAUGUAUGGGGUAUUUUUCCCUUGAUGACUUUAUUUUAAUGUGUCUUAGAGCUGUUACACUCGAUCCUAAAUUCCUCUGUGGAAAGCACCUUGGGCAGAUCCUGACAUGCAACGAAAUCCACGUGUGGGUUUUUAACAAAUUGCCUUCCAUGCAGGAAUUUGGUCACCUGUGGAACAUGUGUUGGUCAUAUAUUACGGAUCCAGAGCAUAGAUGCUCUCUAAUCUUUAGACAAUUGUGUAUUCUAAAUAUAUUAUCCUCACAUUUCAUUUUGUCCAGUAUUUUUGAGAAUAGUAGUAGUAGAAGAAGUAAGAAGAGUUUGGAUUUGAUAUCCUGCUUUAUCACUACGCGAAGGAGUGUCAAAGCAGCUAACAUUCUCCUUUCCCUUCCUCCCCCACAACAAACACUCUGUGAGGUGAGUGGGGCCGAGAGAUUUCAGAGAAGUGUGACUAGCCCAAGGUCACCCAGCAGCUGCAUGUGGAGGAGCGGAGAUGCGAACCCGGUUCCCCAGAUUACGAGUCUACCGCUCUUAACCACUACACCAUACUGGCUUUCUAGUAACCUUUCCAGAAAUGGUGGUUUUCAGUACACUGAUUGGGGUUGCCAACUUUUCACACCCUGAAAAGUCCGCAACUAGAGCGAUGCUUCUGUGCAUGCAGAAGUAUACACUUAUGGGUUUGCCGCAUUCGCAAGCUGGUCAACAUGUGACCAGGAUGAUGUUGUUCUUCUGAUCAGCUGGCAACCUUAAGGCUGAUGUGGAAGAGACUAGCAAGGCAAGCCUAACAGAUCUAGCUAUGAGCUCUUUUUAAAAAUGUAGCCAUAAUAAGGAACUACCUCUACUAUACAGUACAAAUAUUUUCUGAAGCAAUACAAACAUAAGGUAAUUAAACAGACAGGAAAAGGUCCGACUGUUUUUAAAUUUCCCCUAUUUAGACAUCCCAACUGGAUACAGAGUUCAUCCCCAACAACUUGGUCUCUUCCUCUCUUUGCAUCCUUUAAUUGAAUUGUUUCAUGUGCUUCAUGCAUUCCAUUGCCGCUUGAUCCCACGUAAAAUAUAAACCUGCCAUCUUAUGGAAACAACCCUUCAUUUAUCGAAUGAAGUGGACUCUAGCCCACAAAAUCUUUAUGCCUUAAUAAAUCAGUGAAGUCUUUAAGGUCACAUAGAACCAAUUGCUGGUUUUGUUGCAACAAAUAAACACAAGUAGACCCCUGGAAACUGUGAAGAUCCCGUGAAUUUCUCUGUGCUGGAUCAUGGCCUACAUGUGUAACACGAUAAACGCUGGUCAUAUAAAUAGUGUGGUGUGCAUUGGGUUGUGGCUCUUAAUUAAAAGUACAAGGAAACAAUAUUUUGGCGCUCCAAUGAAUGAUGGACACAAAAAAGGUUUACGUAUACAGUAUACCAUGUGGUUCAUGGUUCAGGAUUGCCUUUCACUGCCAUUGAAAUGCUUCCCCCUUUUUCUCAGCAAAACGGGAUACAUCCAUGGAGAGAUCUGUACCGCUUUUCCAUAGAGUUUUAUCCUCCCCUUGCUGCUCAUACCAGGGCAGGUGGGUUAGGAGAGGUAAAUUAGGCUGCUUGUUGCAGCUAAUAUUCUUUGUUUUAAUAUAGUUUUAUGAGCAUGUAAGAUAUUUGUGUAUUUUGCUUUUUAUGGAUACUUAAAAAUCAACUGUUACGGUUACUACAAUGUAAGCAAACUGAAUUAUCAAUAAAGAUAUUUGUACAUUGUUUCUUUAGAUAAAAGUGUUCUUUCUGCCCUCACCUUUCAUUUAUUUAACUGACCUUACCCUUACUUCAGUAUCUCAAAAGAUAAAUUAUACAUCUGUUUACAGC